CUUGCUCGAGUAAUCCAGAUCCAAUCCAUCACAGAUAAUUUAUUAAAAACCGGCUUUGAAAACUUGGUUUCAAAACAAUUUUCAUUUGUUUUCGAAUAAUUCUUUUACCAUCCACAUCGGUAGAGCUGCAAUCUCCUAGAAUGUCCUCACCUGCGCCAAAGUCUCCGGAACUAUCGGACAAGAGCAGGAAAUAUGACCGUCAAAUUCGUCUUUGGGGUGAACACGGACAAACGUUAUUGGAAAAUGCUCAAAUUUGUCUAAUCAAUGCAACUGCAUUGGGAACGGAAAUUUUAAAAGGAAUCGUUCUACCCGGAAUCGGAGGAUUCACCAUAGUCGACAACGAAAUUGUUACGGAAGAGGACAUCGGUUGUAAUUUUUUUCUAGAUUCAGCUUCGGUUGGUCAACCGAGGGCGAAGAGUGCUACGCAACUGUUACAAGAAUUGAAUCCUGAUGUGCACGGCGAUCACGUCGAGGAAAAUGUUGAUCAACUGAUCGAGUCACAGCCGGAUUUUUUCAAAACUUUUGAUGUGGUUGUGGCUACAGCCGUAAACGAACGCACAACCGUGCGACUUUCUAAUCUGUUAUGGGACCAACACAUUCCGUUUAUUGUGUGUCGUUCACUUGGAUUCUACGGUGUUGCUAGACUUCAGAUAAAGGAACAUUGUAUUGUUGAAUCUCAUCCGGAUAGCCGACAGAGUGACCUUCGGUUAGAACAUCCUUUCGAAGCAUUGAAAAAGCAUAUGGCCGAAACUGAAAUUACUUCUAAAGUACCCUGGCUAGUGGUGAUGUACAAGUGUCUACAAGAAUGGGUAGAGGCUCACGAAGGACGAUAUCCGGAUACAUACAGAGAAAAGUCUGAGCUAAGGGACCUUAUUCGGAGUAAAAUGACUGCUGAUGAGGAAAAUUUCGAAGAAGCUAUAAAGGCAGUUAAUUCUAGCUUCGGAGCUGGCAAACCAAAUUCUGGAAUAAGAGAAAUUUUGUCUGAUGACUGUUGCCUCAAUGUUAACAAAGAGAGUAACGCUUUCUGGAUUUUAACAAGAGCUUUGAGAGAUUUCGUAGAGAAUGAAGGAAAUGGUUUGCUUCCGUUACCGGGCGUUCUUCCUGACAUGACAGCAGAUACGGCAUCGUACAUAAACUUACAGAACGUAUAUCGAUCACAGGCCGUUCAUGAUGCGGAAAUCGUCUACCGUCGAACUCGACAAUUGCUAAAGGAGUUAAAUAAACCGAACGAUCUGGUUAGUGAAAGAGAUGUUCGAUUAUUUUGCAGGGAAGCGGCAAAUAUAGCUAUAGUUCGUGGAACAAAAAUUGCGGAUGAGUACGACAAAGGCUACAAAGCGACUCAGAUAUCUGCAGGUUUAGAAACGCCUAACUCGUUGAUGGCUCAUUACAUGAUAUUGCGCGCCGUUGACAAGUUCCAGGCAGAAUAUGGUUAUAUGCCAGGAGAGUGUCAAGUCGAGGUGGACACUUCAAGAAUCAAAAGUCUGGCGGCCAAAAUGGUUAGCGAAUGGGGCAUCAGUACGCCACCAAUUAGUGAUGAUUUGGCCCACGAAGUUUGCCGCUAUGGAGGUGCGGAGAUUCACAGCAUUUCGGCCUUCUUUGGAGGAUGUAUUGCUCACGAGCUGAUCAAGCUAGUUACGAAACAGUACAAAUCUUUCGACAAUGCCUUUAUCUAUGAUGGAACGACGUCACAGACGGAAACAUUCAAGCUUUGAGCUGGAAGAUGUCAUGUAAUCGCAACAAAUGAAAAGUAGUUUCGACUUCUGUCAUUUAUCCAUAAUUAGUGAAAUAAAACAUUGUUUAUGACUAAAAA